CUCACCAGCUACAGCCGGGAUUAUAGAGAAACACACGCGGCACAGCGGAGGCGGAGGGACGGGCGUCAUGACGUCACGGGCCGGCGCGGCGGCGCAGGCGUAGCGCAUCACGGGCGGCCGGGCGGCGAGAGGUGUUUCGGCAGAGGCAACCUCACGUCCCUGGCUCGGACCCCAGCGUCGGAGAUUGCUUUCGGGGCAUGAGCUGAGGGCACAGCUCCGAAGCUAGCGGUAUUUCUUAGAGAUUGAUGGAAGCAGAAACUAAAACUCUUCCCCUGGAGAAUGCAUCCAUCCUUUCAGAGGGCUCUCUACAAGAAGGACACCGAUUAUGGAUUGGCAACCUGGAUCCCAAGAUCACAGAAUACCACCUCCUCAAGCUCCUCCAGAAGUUUGGCAAGGUGAAACAGUUUGACUUCCUCUUCCACAAGUCGGGUGCUUUGGAGGGCCAGCCUCGAGGGUACUGUUUCGUUAACUUUGAAACUAAACAGGAAGCAGAACAAGCCAUCCAGUGUCUCAAUGGCAAGCUGGCACUGUCUAAGAAGCUGGUUGUACGGUGGGCCCACGCUCAAGUCAAGAGAUAUGAUCAUAACAAGAAUGAUAAGAUCCUUCCCAUCAGUCUUGAGCCAUCCUCAAGCACUGAACCUGCUCAGUCUAACCUCAGUGUCACUGCAAAGAUAAAAGCCAUUGAAGCAAAGCUGAAAAUGAUGGCAGAAAAUCCUGAUGCAGAGUACCCAGCAGCGCCUGUUUAUUCCUACUUUAAACCUCCUGAUAAAAAAAGGACUACCCCUUACUCUAGAACAGCCUGGAAGUCUCGAAGAUGAUGGUCUUGACUUACCAGAGCAGCAGAAGCCAAUGGCCUCCACGUCUGAAGUCCUUCGCCUCUGUACUUUGUAGAUGUGAAUGGUACUACCAACAGAGCACAGUCUCUCCUUAGGGCCGGUGACAUGAUGUGUUUGGGUAUUCAUAUGGAUGUGUCUUCCCUGAACUGUGUGUGGAAUUGAGCAUCAUCCAGAAUAAAUAGGAAUGUGUCCAAACUAUGAUUUGAACACUGAGAUGCUCUAGUUGGCUGCUUUGUUUGGAUUUGUAACUCCAGAAACACAGUGUGCCAGAGAGAAAAAUAAGCAUACAAAGUUGUUAUUUAAAUCAGGAAACUAAAUUUAUUAACAUCCACUAAAAACUUUCAGCAUUUUUAUGUGUACACAUCUCUUCAACAUAAACAAAAAAUAAGGGUGAGGGUGGGAAGUGAGAGACAUUUUCAGCCAUUUUUAGAACUGUUUUGAGAAUGUACUGUGGAAAUCUUUCAGUUGGACUAAAAAGAAUUCUUGGCAAAAAGCAACUGAUCCCUUGAGUGAAUGUUGUAGCAAUCUGUUUAAGAAUUAUGCUUAUUAUUUCCAAAUCUCAAUUAGGAAAAUGGGGUGGAUGUCUUAAAAUUGUUUAUGUCAACAAAGUGUAGAAUCACAUUUAACAUUUUAUACCACAACAGAUACUCUGUUGGGAAGUCCAGCUUUUAUCCUUUGGCAAUCAUGGCUUUGAAUCUGAAUGACCUUGCCUUCUAUAAUACCAAAUGUUAUUACUAACCUGGAUUUUAAUACACUUACUGCAUGAGAUUGUUUUAUAGCAUGAGAUUGUUCCAGUUAGAAUUGUAUCAUGAUCAAUCUAAGUAGAAAAGCAGAAUUUCUUUGAAAACCUAAAGUUUACUGUAUUGGUCACUCUCAACCAUCGUUCUCUCCCAGUCGUAUGGGGCUGUCAGAAGCGGCUGAGUGAGUUUGUUGCACCUGAGAAGGGAAGUGCAGUGAGCAGCAGGAGUCAGCAGCCAGUGCUCAGGCACCACGGCCAUAACAACCACACGGCUUCUGUCCUUUCCAAAGACUGCACAGCUCAAAAAUGAGUGUUAUUCUGACAACAUGCUUCUCUCCAGAUAUCUUUGUCUCUUUGGACAUACUGAAUAUGGUAGAAGAGAGACAUACAUAAACAGCCUUGGGAAUGUGCUUCUUGAGCUCAGUGCUGAUCGCUUUGGUGCCAGGCCUGACAGACUGUUUCAUUAGCAGCACUGUUCUUCACUGGGCAGAUCACUGUCGCUCACCACAGGUGCCACCCAUGAUGACUUGAGUUGUAGAGACUCGAGUCUUCCUGGGGUUAAGACACUUGACUUGACCUCUGGGGUUUCAGAAUCCACCGAACUGCUUCAGAGGAAUUCUUACUGCUUUUCCCAAGGCCGGUCUUUUUAGCUCCCUUUAGAUACUGAAUAAGUCCUAGAUUUAUCAGUUGUGUGUAUCUGUGAUGCAGGAAACUCUCCUUCCACUUGGGAGCUCAUUCAGGGAAGUGGGAACACUGGCUCCCAUUUGUCUGGUGACUUCUUAGAAUAUAGAAUUCACCAUUUCAUUCUUAAGUUCUCAAAAGGUUGUGGUGGAGUAGAAUUUGAUGCCAAUAGCCUUCUAUUUUUAAUAGGAAUCUAGAGAAUACUUAGGAUUAUCUAGAGUUGUUUCUUUAGAAUCUAGAACUAUUUAUUUGUAUUUAAACAAUGUCUAUGAUUUGUACCAAUUCUUACCCCUCUAUGUGAAUAAACACAAGACAGUAUCUA